CUCCGUCACUUGCCGGAUGCAUGGAAAAUGGGUGAGUGCCGCUGGGAAAUUCCGGUUGUCUCGGCCCGGACUCGAGCUCUUGUCGUCUUGCACCUUGGCUUUAAGUUUCGUCACUCUGCACGAGUCCUUCUAUCCCCGUCGGAUACCACACAUUUUACUACCAGCGGCGCCUACACUUCGACAUUCCGAUAUCCAUAACUCGCCGUACCCUUUUUUCUUUUUCUUCUCCCUUUCCCCCUUAGCAUUGGCGAAACCUGAGUCCGUGUCGAACAAUCAACCACCAUGGCUUCUCGGUUAUCACUUAACCGUUUGUCAGAGCAACAAAUGAAGAAUGUUUUUCGUAUCACCCAUGUGCCCCGCAAUCUGGGUCUAGGCGGCCGUAGGAGUUUUGCUUCAGCUGCUCUUCGGAAGGGUGUAGUGAACGCCAGCAGACCUACCUCUGGUUUACUACGGGUUUCGGCCUCGGGUGUCAAUGUCUUCCUGUCCAAAAACCCCCGUCUGGGAGGUAGCCAGGUCCGAACUUAUGCGGACUCUAUCGUGAAGGUUCCUCAAAUGGCGGAGUCGAUCACAGAGGGAACCUUGAAACAGUUUACAAAGCAGGUUGGGGAUUAUGUCGAACGGGAUGAAGAAAUUGCGACAAUUGAGACCGAUAAGAUCGAUGUGUCGGUCAAUGCCCCCGAAUCUGGUACCGUGAAGGAGCUUCUUGCGAGCGAAGAGGACACCGUUACUGUUGGGCAGGAUCUGGUCAAAUUGGAACUUGGAGGUGCUCCCGAAACGAAGAAGGAAGAUGCGGGCGAGAAGCCGAAGGAGCCUGCGGCCCCCGAAAAGAGCCAGCCUUCUGAACCCGAGAAGCCCAAGUCGCCAGCACCGCCAGCUCCUGAGCAGCCUCCUGCGCCAAAGCCCGAGACUUCGAAGCCACAGACCGAAACGCCCAAGCAAGAGCCUGCCUCUGAUGCCAAGCCGGCUUUUGGGAGUCGCGAGGAGCGUAGGGUGAAAAUGAACAGAAUGCGACUUAGGAUCGCUGAGCGUUUGAAGCAGUCUCAGAACACGGCCGCUUCGCUCACUACUUUCAAUGAGGUUGACAUGUCCUCUUUAAUGGAGUUCCGGAAGCUGUACAAGGAUGACGUGCUGAAGAAGACCGGCGUCAAAUUUGGCUUCAUGAGCGCGUUCUCGCGUGCUUGUGUCCUGGCUAUGAAAGAUAUCCCUGCGGUUAACGCAUCUAUCGAAGGCCCUAACGGCGGCGAUACCAUUGUUUACAGGGAUUAUGUUGACAUCAGUGUGGCCGUUGCCACCGAAAAGGGUCUUGUGACGCCUGUGGUUCGUAAUUCCGAGACAAAGGACCUUGUUGGCAUUGAACAGGCAAUCGCGGAGCUCGGAAAGAAGGCGCGCGAUAACAAAUUGACCAUCGAGGACAUGGCCGGUGGCACUUUCACCAUUAGCAAUGGCGGCGUGUUUGGUUCUCUUAUGGGUACUCCGAUUAUCAACCUCCCCCAGACAGCUGUUCUUGGACUUCACGCUAUCAAGGAUAAGCCGGUCGCCGUGAAUGGCAAAAUUGAGAUCCGCCCGAUGAUGUAUCUUGCUCUGACUUAUGAUCACCGCCUGUUGGAUGGACGGGAGGCGGUCACCUUCCUUGUAAAGAUCAAGGAGUACAUCGAGGACCCUCGUCGCAUGCUGCUCGGCUAAGUAUAUCGACUUUGGAAUUGUAUUGUAGGCCUGGAUGUGGGAUACUAACGCCACUUCGUGUUUCUAACUUAUCCUCGAUUAUUUAUCUCUUUUGUCUCUCUCUAUUUUCAUCUGUAGAUUAUUAUCAUGCAAAGAAUAUA